AUGCAGAACCUCUCAGAGGAUUUACUCAAAGCAGCUGAGGUGGAGGCCAAACAACAAUUGACAUUUACUGUGAAUCAAGCAUUCACUAUGAAGAGCUUCACUGACGCAAUUACUAUCAUCAAUAAGAAUAGAGAAAACCAGAUCUUAGGUCUGCAGCAGGAGAUUGAACAUUUACACAGACAGAUGACUACACUGAACCUGGAGAUCUCAUCACAAUUAUUCAUGACCUCUUCAGAAGCAUACACAUCAUCAGAGACUGCUGUGCAGGAUGAGAAUCUGAGCAUGGAAUAUAUCAAGCCAGGAGAUCUGUCAGAGCUAUCAAGCUUCAAUGAUGACUGA